AUGACUAAAUUACAUAAUGAAUUGAAAAAAAAACGUAUUUAUCCAAAAGAUAUUCCAAGUCAUUUUCAACUUGAAAAUUUAUUAAAAUGUGCACAACAAUUUGUCGAAGUAUUGAAGAAGCCAGAACCAGAAAAAAACAUUAUUCAUCUUUAUACAACUGAAGCACCUUAUUAUUAUAAAAUAAUUAAUGAUAUUCUUAAUUUAUUAGAUGAAGAUUUAAUUGUAAUCAUUCAAGAUUAUGUCAAAGCAUUACGAUAUUCUCUAAUAACCUAUGAGGAUGCAUCAAACAAAAUGCCUGCUACAAACAAUGUCAAGUUAUACCGAGGCAUAUCUUUGGCACAAGAUAAUAGUUUCGCAGAAUUUUCAAGAAAAUUUAAAAUUCAUGAUACCAUUAUUUUUCCAGCAUUUUCAUCGACUAGUUUGAAUAAAGAUCGAACAAGAUCUUUUAUUAAGGGAAAGGGUGUAUUAUUGGAAAUUUCAGCUGAUUGUUCAAAAUUGAAUAAACCAAAAAAUAUUUCUGCACAAUCAGAAUAUCCAAGUGAAGAUGAAGUCUUAUUGAAUUGUUUCAGUAUAUUAAAAGUCGAGAAUAUUACCACAAUGAAUGAUGAUUUAUUAUGCUAUAAAUGCACAUUGGAACUACGUUAA